AUGGUCAAGCAAUUCCGGAAGUUCAAAAAGUUCUUCAAGAAAGCUGACUCAGUCAGAAGGCCAUCCAAGGGAAAGCCACAGGUAAGUGACUCUCCUCCUGAAUCUUAUUUGUGUUACAAUUGCAGGAAGCCUGGCCACUGGAAGUCAGCGUGCCCGUACCCAAAAGUGGAGAAGUACGGAGAAAGAGAAAGGAUUGAGAAGAAAAAGAAGGCAAUGGUUGCUGCUGAAAGUGACGAGUCAUCCAGCUCAAGCUCGGAUGAAGAAGCUCUCAUCUGCAUGGAGCACAGAGCUGAAAAGUCCAACCAUGAGGAUAGGUGGACUAUGUCAGAAGAUGACAUUCUCUGCCUAAUGGCCAAAGAUGAUGCUGAUCAAGAGGUAACCUCACAAACCUCUUGCUCAUCUUCUCAUGAAAGCAUACCAACUUCUGAAAAUCUUUUUGACCAGUUCAAAAAGAUGAUGAAAGACUUUGAGGAGAUAAAUCUCAAACAUUCUUCCUUAACAGAGGAGAACAAAUUAUUGAGUGAAGAGAAUCUCAAGUUGACUGAAGGUCGGAAAAGUCAACUGAAUGAGAUCACUCAACUCAAGACUAAAAAUGAAUCUCUCUCUGAAAAAGUGAAAUCCCUUAACAAAGAACUAGGGACUCUUAAGUCCAAAGAAGCAGUGAAUAAGCUUCUUGAAACGACCAAACAUAAGGGUCGUGAAGGACUUGGGUUUAACCCCUCCAAUUCUAAAAGGAAAGGGAAAACAACUUUCAUCCCUCCCAAACCUACUGCUAAACCAAAUAAGCAGAAAGGGAAGGAAAAAGAAAAACCAACAGAAGUUCCCAAAAAGGUAGUCCCUCCUAAGAACUAUAGGAAGCUGGACAGACCUCAAAAAGGAAAUAAUUUCAGAAGAAAACCUUCUAACCCCCAUUAUACACGGGGCUAUACCCAUUAUGGGGUACACAGGAGUUUUCCAAGAAAUUCUGAGUGAAGAACUAUGCCAAGAUAUAGUCAUCCUUCACCCCAGAAGCUAUUUGUGCCACCUAAGUAUGCUUAUAACCGACACAGGGCACACUAUGCACAACCUAGACAAAAUUAUAGGUCUUAUCAACCUAGGUUUGCUAGGAGGAAACAGGAAAUAACACCUCCUGCACGUAGGAAGUUUUAUGCCUACAACUAUGAUUACAAUCCCAACAAGUUUAGAGCUGCAAGGAAAAUUCCCUG